UCAAAAAAAAGCUAAAUUUUAUGGCUGUAAUUCUUUUUAGUACAUUUCAAUCAUUUUACUACUAAUACAAAAUGAUAUUCAUAUACUUGUAUAAAAUAACUAUCAAUCUCUAUCAAAUAUAUUUCUAUAAAACUAUAUACUCCAACUCACCUUUUUAUUCUUGGUCUACUCCUAUCUGAAACGUUUCCCGCUCAUAAAUCUUCUAAAUUAUAUAUCUAUAUAGACAGUAUUAUAACUCAAAAUUACCCAAAUUUCAACAUUUCUCCUCUAAACAAAAACAAUCACUUGAAAAAAUUUGACCCAAAAGAAGAUCAAUUCUUAUUCCUUACCAAUCAUUCUCACAAUUAGUCCUCCAAAAUGAUAAAUUAUUUAACCGAAAUUUGGGUAAGUCUAAAAUGGGCAAGUGCGUAUUUAGCAACAUUUAUAGUACUACUAAUCUUAUUAGAGCAAAUCACAUACUUAAAGAAGAAAGCUAACAUACCAGGUCCACCAUUGGUGUUACCAUUCUUCGGCAAUGUCUUCUCCCUCGUUCGAAAUCCGGCCAAGUUCUGGGACAUCCAAGCAGACUACGCCAAAUCUUCUCGUCUUGGAAUAUCAGCCAAUUACAUCAUCGGAAAGUUCAUGAUCUUCACUUGGGAUUCUGAAAUGAGCCACAAAAUCUUCGCUAAUGUGAGCCCUGAUGCGUUUCAGCUCAUUGGUCAUCCGUUUGGGAAGAAAUUGUUUGGAGAACAUAAUAUGAUUUACUUGUAUGGGCAAGAACAUAAGGAUCUUCGCCGUCGAAUUGCGCCUAAUUUUACGCCGAAAGCUUUGGCUACGUAUUCGGAUAUUCAGCAGAUUGUUAUCCUUAAGCAUUUGCGAAAAUGGACUGAUUUGAGCAGAAACGGGGCAGAAGCGUUCGGGAUUCGCUUGCUUGCUAGAGAAAUGAAUCUAGAAACUUCUCAGAAUGUUUUUGCUGGACCUUACCUUGAUAAAGAUGCUCGUGAACGAUUCAAAAUUGACUAUAAUUACUUCAAUAUUGGCGUUAUCGCUCUUCCAAUCGAUCUUCCAUUUUUCGCGUUCAGAAAUGCGCGAUUCGCUGUAGAUCGACUAGUUAGGACGCUUUCGCAAUGCGUCGAACAAAGCAAGUUGAAAAUGAUUGCAAAUGAGGAACCAAAAUGUUUAAUCGAUUACUGGAUGCAAGACAUGGUUCGAGAAGAAAGAGAAUCAGGAACAGAGUUCCAAACUCCACCACCAAAUUGUAGUAACCGUGAAAUCGCCGCUCAUGUAUUCGACUUCCUCUUCGCCGCACAAGAUGCGUCUACAUCAUCCUUACUAUGGGCCGUCACGUUACUAGAUUCCCACCGAGAAGUCCUCAAGAAAGUUAGAGAAGAAGUGGAAUCAAUCUGGAACCCAGAAUCCAACACUCUAAUCACACCAGAACAACUCGUAUCCAUGAAAUACACCCUAGCGGUGGCGCGUGAGGUUGUAAGGUACCGCGCACCAGCCACACUAGUACCACACGUAGCGCGUGAGGAUUUCCAAAUCGUUGAAAACUACACCAUUCCUAAAGGAACCCUAAUUUUCCCUUCAGUGUAUGAAUCAUCCUUUCAAGGGUUCAGUGACCCGCACCGAUUCGACCCGGACCGAUUCUACUCAGAAGAAAGAAGAGAAGAACAGGUUUACAAGAGGAAUUUCUUGGUAUUUGGUGCAGGUGGACAUCAAUGCGUAGGGCAAAGAUACGCGCUGAAUUUGCUGGUAUUGUUCAUCGCUAUGUUUGCAAGCUUGGUUGAGUUUAAACGACAUCGUAGUGAUGGAUGUGAUGAUUUGAAUUUUUGUCCUACUAUUUGCCCUAAAGAUGAUUGUGUGAUUUCUGUUUCUAAACGGUUUGGUCAAUUUCCUACUCUUGGUUUCUCUCUCCCUUGACCGAUGUACGCCAUGAAUUGACGACAUUACCCUUGUUUUUUUGUUUUACCACUUUAUUGAUUGUUAUGGUCUAGAAUCUAGAUUCUAGAACAUAAUAAAGUCAUUGCUUUCUAAUUCAUGUGCAUUUGGAGUUAAUAUGGAUGUGGAACGUGAAACAGCUAUUAUUGUCGAAUAUCGUCACACGAUAAAACAACUUCAAAAUAAAAAGUCUAUAUAAUAAAAUUUUUACUAUUAGCUUAUUUUUUUAAUUUAGUAUAUGUUUUACGGUGAAUU